AAGCGACACGCGCGGCAGGCAGCUCGCCACUCGCGAUAAUUCGCGCUAGAGAGCAGAAGCUGGGCGGAAAAGGCGGGAGAAGACUGCCGCUUCCGCGUCCGCGCAACAGAGUAGAAGCAUAAAACACAAGACGAAAUGGAUGAUAAGUUGAUAUUGGCUGUAUUUAAUUUCCCAGAGCUGUUUAAUAUCACUUUACCGAAUUAUCGCUGCACGGAAAGUCGUGCAAACGCAUGGAGAAACAUCAGCAUCUCCCUGGGUAUCCCAUCUGAGGAGUGCAAAAGAAAAUGGAAGAACUUGAGAGACAGGUACCUGAAGGAAGUCCGAAUGGAGAUCAAAAGCAAGAAGCAGGGAGAAAUCGUACAAAGUAAAUGGAAAUACAGACAACUUAUGAACUUUAUUGCCCCCUUCACUGGAUCAAGAGGUAGCGUGGCAGAUAUUUGUGGCAACAAUGACGAUGACCAAGACAAUCCUGACAAUGAAUCUGGCAGUACGGAGGGAGAAACCACUUUGUCUGAGUCAUUCAAAUCACCACAGAAUAUCACAAAGGUCCCCAUGACCCCACCUGAAUCCAAGCCCCAAGGGGCAUUCGUAACACAGAUAUCUGCACCAUCUCAGGACACGCAAGUGGCCCAGCUGGCUGUUGUAGCCAAGAUGUCACCAGUCCCACAGAUAACCCCUAGCAGUAAUACUGGACGUAAACGGAAACCAGCACCAGAGUCCCCGUCACCGCCUUCCCCUCAAGGUACACCAUCGCCAACGAAAUGGCUUGUCAAAGACAAUGGCGCAUCGUUUCCCUCUAGGAUACGUGAUGAGGACGAACUAUUUCUGCUGAGCUUCGUUCCGGCUCUGAAGAGACUUGCUCCACAAAAAAGGUGUGAGACAAAAAUGAAGAUCCAGCAGAUUAUGUAUGAAGCAGAAUUCAAUGUUGCACAGGCAGAAUUACAAGAGAGAAAGAUGGAGUCAGAAGCACAGGACUGA